AUGGAUCCAGAUUACAAUCAUACGUACGAUGGAUGGACAUUUUGGAUUGUGGUUUAUCAAAUUAAAGUUAUCGAUUUGGAUGAACCUCAAGAAUUAUUCACAACAUCAAUAACCUUUUUAUUGGAAUGGCGUGAUUUUCGAAUUGCGUGGAAUAACAACGACUAUGACGGAAUUCAAAGUAUAUUUGUUCGACAAGACAUGAUGUGGUCCCCACCACUGGCUAUUUUCUCUGCGUUAGUUUAUGUUAUUUUGAGUACAUCAAAAUUUUGAAAUUUGCAACAUGAACAGAAACAUUGACCAAAAAAGAGAGGCCAUUAACUUUUUUACAAUUUGUCGGAAAUCGUAAAAAAAAUAUCAUCAAUUUGAAAAAGAGCUGUUUUUAGAAGUGACGUGAAAGAUCAUCGUGAUCUCGAUUUUCGAAUUCUUGAAGUCGAAUAUUUUGGGAGAAUAGUGGAAUAUGUAACAAUGCGGUUAACAACAAAUUGUGGAUUGAAUAUGGUUCAUUUUCCAUUUGAUAUUCAAACUUGUGAAAUUCAUCUAGGCUUGUCUGGCAUUGAUUACAAAACUUUAUAACCUUUCAAUACAUUUGCCAGAUAUCGAUGAAGAAAUGCUUUGUGAUAUGGUAAGAUUUUAAAAAAAUUGCGGGAAAAAGAUACUGCUUUUUUCAAUAGACACUUUAAAAAGCAUAUUAUCUAGAUGUUUUAUUCAUUUCAUCUUUAGUGCGACUCGGCAUGGACUAUUGUAAAUGUGUCAAUUGGAAGUCUACAAUUCAAGCCAUACCGUACACUUGACUCUAGGCUCGGUGUAGUUCGUGUAGUGCUAAAAAGGAAUCCAAUAUUCUACAUGUACAUGAUAAUAUUACCAACAUUUACAAUAAAUAUGAUUGCAAUUGGUGGAGUGUUUUUGAAAAAAUCAACUCAAAUUGAAAAAUUAACAAUCGGAUUUACACAUAUUAUGACAAUGACGUUUAUAUUAGGAUUAGUAUCUGAAAAAAUACCGAAAACAAGUGAGAUUCCAUUAUUGGGAAAAUAUAUCGUGUUUGGGUUAUGUUUGAUGAUUUUCUCAUUGGUUAUUUCGUCAGGAUUCAAUCGAUGUAUUAUGAUAAAAAAUAAUAACAGGUACGAACAAUGCAAAAUUGUUUCUUUAAAACUUAUAUCUUAUCAGACUCUUCACUUAUCGCAAAUUUGUGAAAAUAUUUUUCAUAACAACCCUUCAACUCCUCAAUAUUCUGGCAUUUUUCUACAUGAUUUAUCGAUUUUUGAAAUUCGAAAGUGAAUAUGGAGAAUUACGAGAUUGCGAUUUACAGGAUCAUGAAAAAAGCGUUUCAAAUAUUCAAAUUUCUCUCAAAAAACAUAUCACACGUUCCUCUCUUCGUCUGGGUUUUGAAAGUAAUCUUCACAUCAAAACCACUGCCUUUCCCUCUAAUUUUAUGUAUUUCAGACAGAUAAAAAUGUCAUUUUCAUGAUCCUUGAAUACAACAAAUUUUGAUGAAAAAUAAAAGUCCAAAUGCGCUGAAAAUGAAACCAGCGAAAAAUUCGAAUUUGAAGCUGGAAACUAUCUGAAAUUGAUGAAAUCUUGGGUGAAAAAAAAUGUGGCAAUUUCGAAGGGGUACUGUAGGUAGACGAUCUACUAGAACAAAAUGAAUAGGAAUGUCAGUUUCGAAAGUUGUGUGGGGAAGUUGGCGAGUGAUUAUGAAUAAUUGAUUGAUUGUGUAGGUGAGGAUUUGAAAGUGGUGUUGAAUUUUGAGAAUACAUUGGGGACAUUGGUGGCAGAUUGUGAUGUAGGAUGAGGGUUCGAUUUGGAGAGAGUGGAGUUUGGGAUAGGUUUCGGUGUUUGUGCAAAUCUGGAAGAAUUGGGGCGUCUGUAGGUGUGAUCCUUGAGAAGUAGGAUCACUAGGCGCUGCUGCUUGUCACAGUGAAGAUCUAGAUGCGGCUCCUAGACAAUGAGGUUCUCUAGCCUCGGCUACUUGAGAACUAGGCUCACAAGGCGCGGCUGCUUGUCACAGCGACGAUCUAGAUGCGGCUCCUAUACAAUGAGGUUCUCUAGGCGCGCCUGCUUGAGAACUAGGACUUAAAGGUGUGGUUCCUUGACAACUAGGAUCACUGGGCGCAGCUACUUUAGAACUAGGCACUCUAGGCGCGGCUACUUGAUAAGUAGAUUCUCUAGGCGUGGCUGCUUGACACCUAGGCUCUAUAGGCGCGGUUGCUUGAGAACUAGGCUCUCUAGCCUCGGCUACUUGAGAACUAUGUUCUCUAGAUGCGGCUUCUUAGACCCUACAGUACCUCAUCCCCCGACACAAAUCGAAAAUCCAACAAAUGUGAUGUUUUGUCAAAAAUUGGUGGUGAUACAGUAACCGCAGUUGAAUAAUUCCGACAUUCCAAUCUUGGAAGCUGAAAAUCGUUUUUUAAAUUUUUUUUUGAAAAUCUGAAAAGCCUACCAAGGAAGUUUGGAUAACUUGAAAUAGUAGGAAAAAUAUGUAACACAUUUUUUUCUUCGAAAAAAAAAAUCGGAGAGAAAAGGAGAAGCAAAAGAUUCUCAGAUAUUCGACACUUAUUAAUUUUUUCGUGCAAAUCUAAAAAUCUCUAGCUUCUCUGCACUCUCUCACUCUCCUAUGCUCUCUAACCAUCUAGUUUCUCUGGCUUCUCUGCACUCUCUCCAAAUCCUAUUCUCUCUAAUGAAUCUUCCUCUGCGUCUCUAACCUUCACGGUUGUUUUUUGGACAAAAACAAAUAUUAUGAUUUCAUUUUUUUUGUUAUCGCGAGACUUUUUGACUCCAUCAGCUCUUUUUAUUAGUUUUCAAUUGAUUAUUUCGUUAUUUGCCUACAAAAUGCCAAAAUUCUAACACAAAAAUGUACAAAAUUAUAUUUCUGAUAUUUUUCGAAGUUGCUCGAAGUCAAGAAAUUUGCCAAAAAUCGAAUUGAGAUCUCAAAAAACUGCCGAAAUUGUGAGAAAAAUUAUUGAGAAAGCGGCGAUUGUGAGAAGAGAGGAGAAUUUCGAGAAUUUUUUGAUUUUUGGGAAUUCGGUUGAGGUGAGCCAAGAAAAACUACGAUGCUCCGCGUUUACACCAUCGAAAAUGAUAGAUUUUUAUCAGAAUUGCAGAUGUAAAUGCGGAGCAUCGUAGUAUUUUGUGAAAAUUGUUAAGAAAUUUCAAAAAAAUGGUAGACAGUGACUCGCUACGCUCGAAAAACUACGAUGCUCCGCGUUUACGCCUUCUUCUCUGCACUCUCUCGUGUUCCUAUGCUCUCUAGCUAUCUUGCGCGAAGCGCCCCGGAAGAUUCCGCGCAAGCGGUUCGAGCGGAGCGAGUGUACCUCCCUCUGCGUCUCUAACCUUCUCAUACUCUCUAGCUGUCUAGCUUUUUCAUAUUGACGCGGAAGCUUGCGGUUUACACCCGCUACACUCGAUAAACUACGACGAUCCGCGUUUACACCAUCAAUUUGAUCUGAAUUGCAGGUGUAAACGCGGAGCUUGGUUGUUUUUCCCCAACCUUCAAAAUUUUCCAGCUCGAUGGCGUUGAAUAUCAUCUGAACACCAACAAACAUUCACCAGAUCUCACAUUCUACUUCGAACUUCCCCGAUUCACCUCGAAGCUUGUCUAUAUUCUCCCUGAUCUUCGAAAAUCCCAAGAAUGGUCUCCGAAGUUUCCGGACAACACAAAACUUCUGGCGAAAAUCUCGAGAAAUUGUGAAAGUGGUAGAAAGUUGUGUGGAUUGGAGUGUUGUCCUGGAAAUGUGAAACUCAUCACUGAUCUUUUGUACAAUUCGGAGAGAAUUGUUCGAUUCAAAAAUGUGACGUAUUCUCGAAGAUCUGAACUGUUAGCUGCUGAAGGUUCGGAAAAGAUUUGCGAGUUUCAAAAUGAUCGACAACCCAAGAUCUAUUUUGGAUGUUUGAAGAAUCAGGAGUGUUGUAGUUUGACGUGUCAAGAUCUACCGGUAGCCUUGGCGGUUUCGGAACAUCGGGAAAAACUUUUGGAUUUUUGGGAAAGGUUCAAAUUUCCAUUGUUGACGUGUUCACUUUUCAUUCUUUUUUUGCUGAUAACUGUUAUCAAUUCGAAAAUGUGAGUUUUUUUUUAGAAAUGUAAAAUUCGAAUAGAGAAAUUUUUGAAGAUUUUUGCUAGCAAAAAAAUCCAACUAAAAUCUGAGAAAAUUUCCAAAAAUCUUAACGCUUAAAGCUUCAUCUGAAAAUUAUGAGUCAAAAUUUUCGAAAAAAAAAUUCAAAACGCGAUUUUGCAAGAUUUUCAGGAUCAAUUUUCACAAUAAACUAAUUCUGAAAAAUUUUGAAAAUCAAUUUUUGAAAAUUUCGAAAUGUGCCUACUAAAGCAAUCGAAUUUUUAGAAAAAACUUUUUGAAUUUAAAAAAUCUCGAAAUUUCAGCCACAAUCGAUCGCGCUCUUCUUCGUUCUCCCCAAAACUGCGAAACCCCGGCAGAAUCCUUCUCUCAUCGGAUUCCGAAAAAUCGCAACUCACAGUGUCCACGCAGAUGAGCAACAACAAUGAGCAACUUGUAUAA